AUGCUGCGGGUGGAUGGUUUAAAGUUAGAGACCGCUUUGAGAUAUUAUGACUCUGAGGAGAAACUUAGUUCAGUAUCCACAUUCAUCAUUUUAUCAUCCAAGGCCGCUCUCCUUCUAUCUUCAAGUAAAGGGACUAAACUGGAAAAAUCAUCAAUCUGUUAUAAUUUGGGUUUGUCAUAUCUUCAGUCUUUUAAUCUUCAUGAGACUUCACUCUUUAGAGAUUUAGCAAUUAAAAGUUUGAAAAAAGCGAUCCGAUUGGAAUCGCAUACCUCUGCAUUUUGGUUGGCUUUGGGAAACGCAUUCGUUUCUAGUAAUCCUCAGGCUGCUCAACAUUGUUUUAUCAAGGCCAUCGCCCUCGAAUCAAGGGACGCUUCGAUCUGGGUCAACUUGGCUGCACUUUACUUGAGAUAUGGUGAUGCGCUGUUAGCCAAAGAUGCCUUCACAAGAGCUCAGUCCGUUGCACCUCAGCUAUCACUGUCUUGGUUAGGUAACGCUCUAACUGAGCAAGCGUUAGGUGAUCCCACAAAGGCAUCUAAUUUAUUCACGCAUGCCUUUAUUGUAUCAAAUGGGAGGUCCUCAUUUGCGCAGUUAUUAUAUGCUUUGUCUGUCAUCGAUAAAAGAAUCAAGUCAGGAAGUAGCCCAAGAGAUAUUGAGACAGCACAGGAAUUCAGUGUGGCAAAUUUCGCCAUGAAAAGCUAUUUGAAGUGCUUUCCUCGAGAUGUCAAGGGAUUAGAAGUGGCAUUCACAGUCAGUGAAAGAUGUCAAGACUAUACAUCUGGUGUUAAUAUUGCCACACGCUUAUGUGAAAUUUUGGAGAAACAGUAUGAGAUAACUGAAAGCAAUGACGUGCUAUGCGACUUUGCAAAGGCAAAGACAAGACUAGCAAGAGUAUACCUUGGCACUGGUGAGUAUGAAAAAGCUUUGGAAAGUGCAGAACUUACGAUUGCAUUACUUGAUGAUGAUGAAAACUUAGAUGACGAGGACAAGGAUCUGGAAUCGAUUAUGUCCCCUGAUGUAUUAUCUUCACGGAUUAUCAUGGGCUUAUGCCACUUUUUCAAGGAUGAUUUUAACGCCGCUCUUGAUCAAUUCAAGUUGAUAUUAGCAUCUAACGAUGAUACGGAAAGAUUGGUUACUUUUGUCGCCCAGGUGCUAUACGCUUACGGAACACAAGAUACAAAGCAAGCCGCAGUCGAUCAAUUGUUUAACUUCCUUGAUCAAUAUGGAUCAUCUUUGAUGGUUGUACUCACUUUAGGUGCUUUAUCAAUUAUUGACAAUUUAACUGAGUUUCUUCCUGCCAUUAAAGAGGAAAUGAAUGGUCUCUCGUUGAAGGAAAUAUCAUCCGAUACGUUUAGAAACGUACCGAGGUUAAUAAAUGAGAUUGAUAAGAGGAUUCAAUCUAGUGAUGAAAAGAUAUGGCAGAAAUCAGCCAUCUUAUUCCCUUCUGAUUUCACUGUGUGGAAGCAAUUGAGCCCUCAAAUGGCCCUAAAAGUGGCAUCUUUGACUGAAACAAAAUUGACAGCUUACGAUUUCGCACAGUCAAAUUUGGCUAUUGGCAAUCUCCGUCUUAUUCAGAGAUCUCUAAUUCUAUUCCCGUCGUAUAAAGAAGCUCAAAGAGCGUUGGAUGGUUGCUUCUAG